AUGGCAUCUUCUUCAUCAUCAUCAAUCUCUUCAUACAACUCUCCCUGUGCUGCUUGCAAAUUCUUAAGAAGAAAAUGCAUGCCAGGAUGUGUAUUUGCACCUUAUUUUCCACCUGAAGAACCUCAAAAAUUCGCAAACGUCCACAAAAUCUUCGGAGCCAGCAAUGUAACCAAACUUCUCAAUGAGAUCCUCCCUCACCAAAGAGAAGACGCCGUCAAUUCCCUCGCCUACGAAGCCGAGGCUCGGGUUCGCGACCCUGUCUUCGGGUGCGUAACCGCCAUUUCAUUCCUUCAAAGACAAGUCGAGAGGCUUCAAAAGGAACUCGACGCCGCAAACGCAGAUCUAGUAAGGUUUGCGGCGAACGAGUAUCAAAUCAACUCAAUUCAUCCACAACAUCCGAUGAUCCCUAGACAACCACAAUUCAUGGGAAGUGCUUAUAAUAAUAGAGGUUAUGAAUUUUAUCAAAUGCCUUCUUUUCCAUGGAAUGGAAAUGUUAAUAACCCAUUUGGAAGUGGUGGAAAUGGAUAUUGA